UCGGUUUUCUUCGUCGUCUUCUUCUUCUUCCUUCUAUCCAAUUCAAUUCCGUUCAAAUUUCCUACAAAAACCUAAAUUCCUCUGCAAAUCCAGAUUUCUUCUCACUCAAAUUCUUGAUUAUCGUUUCGAUUCGACUCCAUUGCAGUUGUUGAAGAUGGAGGUGAAGCGCCGUACGGCUUCCACUUUGGUCUCUCGUCUUAGCUCCGUCUCCGAGCAAAUCCGGUGCGAUUCCCUGUCGGAGCUCCGAUUGAUGACGAAGAACGACGCUGAGAGCCGAUCGCUUAUCGCUGAAACUGGUGCUAUUCCUUAUUUGGCUGAGACUCUGUAUUCCUCCUCUCACGCUGCCCAAGAAGACGCCGCUGCUACGCUUCUGAAUCUCUCAAUUUCCUCCCGUGAAGCUUUGAUGUCCACACAUGGCCUCCUCGACGCGAUUUCUCAUGUGCUUGGCCAUCAUAAUUCCUCUUCUUCUGCCGCCGCCGUCCAGUCCUGUGCUGCGACUCUUCAUAGUCUUCUCGUUGUGGAUGAGUACCGCCCGAUUAUUGGUUCAAAGCGUGAUAUAAUAUAUUCGCUUGUUGAUAUUCUCAAAUUUAGGAAAUCUCCUCAGAGAUCGAUUAAGGAUGCUCUGAAAGCGUUGUUUGGGAUUGCGCUGUGUCAGCCGAAUCGGUCCACUAUGGUCGAUCUCGGAGUGAUUCCUCCGUUAUUCUCUUUGGUUGUGGUCGGCAGUCACGCCGGGAUUGUCGAGGAUGCGUCGGCGGUGGUCGCGCAGGUAGCGGGAUGUGAAGAUAGCGAAUUAGCAUUUCGUAAGGUUUCCGGAUUGGGAGUUUUGGUGGAUUUGUUGGAUUCAGGAACUGGUUCAAGUCAGAGGACAAAGGAGAACGCGGUAUCGGCGUUGUUGAAUUUAGCGAGGUGGGGAGGAGAGAGGGCGGAGGAGGACAUCAAGGAUUUGGGAUCUGGAAUCUUGAGUGAAAUUGGAGAUGUGGCCAUGAACGGCAGUGAGAAGGGGAAAGCCAAGGCGGUGGAAUUGUUGAAGCUAAUUGCAAGCGGCGACAUCGACGGUAACGUAUUCGAGGAUUUGCAGUUGGAUCGUUUGAUAAAUUCAUGCUCUGAAUAGGCUUCUGCUCCAUCUUCCUUCUCUCUUUGAUUGAUUGAUUGAUUACUCUCCACCAUAUUCAUGUGUGAUCGGAUUAAUUCUUUUUCCCUCGUUCGAACAAAUUCCAUGUACAAAUUCAACAUGAAUGUAUCUGUAGAUUAUAGUUCAGUAUCAAAAUUCUACACUUUCCACCUAGAAUUCAACAAAUUUUCAUGUGACUCGCAUGAUCUUGUGGCUGAUCUUUGGUAUGUAAUCUCUGUUCCACCUAGAAUUCAACAAAUUUUCAUGUGACUCGCAUGAUCUUGUGGCUGAUCUUUGGUAUGUAAUCUCUGUUCCACCUAGAAUUUAUGUCUGAAGUCGAGUUGGUAUUUAAUGGUGAAUGUGAAUGGAUAGAGUUUGAAGCACCAUUAUGAGGAUAUGAUUCUGUACCUA